AUGAUUCUAGUGAAACUGAUCGACAACGAAUGUUCAUCUCCAUCGUCAAUCCCUGAAUGGGCUGCAAUAGAAGUUCAAGGUGAACUUGAAUCCCGUCACCACACUCCAUUCGAACGUCAAUAUGUAGGUGACCUUUUCGCCACAAUCAAGGAUAAUGUACCUAUACUUAUUAUUGGUCAUCACAUACUUUAUGGGAAAAUGCAAACAUUUGAUAAGCCACUCGCCGUAAUGAAAAAAACAGAAGAGGCCGAAGCAUCGUCGUAUAUCGUCCAAGCGAUUAUAACCAAAAAGUUACUCUUCAAAAAUAGACCAAAACCCAUUAUCGCAAAUGUAAACAAAAUAGUUUAA